GCUGCUGUUUUUCAUCCUGCCCCCCCUUCCCUCCUCGAGCUCAGCACACAAGGACAAGGACACACAACAAAACGCGCAGGCGAGGCGAGGGAAUCCCUCCCAUUCCUUCCCUCCGCUCGCGGCUCGCCUCCGACCGACCCCCAACCAAAGCGGCGCUCCUGCUUUUCGGCCUUUGCGCCAUCCGCGCCCACAAGCGAUUCGGAUUCUCCCUACCCUUCCAGGCUUCGAAUCCUGGGUUAUGCGGUGAUUGCGAGCGGGCGAGUUUUGCGCACUUGUGCGAGACUUCUUUCUGCCCCCCCUGUUGUGGUUUAAAGUCCAGAAUAGCUCUGCAGAUUGGAGUGCUUCUGAUCGGCCUCUGAGGCUGGGGGGUGUGUUUCCGCUGCGUUCUUCUACAAUGAUUUGAUUCUAGCUGAGUGGCGUGGCGUGCAUUUUUUGUUCGCUUGUUCUACUGUUCCAGGCUCCACAAUCUCGUCACGGUUUGUUUCUGAUUCCUACUGUUGGUGCUGGUUGUGUUUUUCUACCUGUGGUCUUAGUUUGAUCAGUUUUUAGUUUCUAGGAUGCCAUGAUCAGUUGACUGCAUCUAGGUCUGAUUACUGAUUUUUUAACUUGAUUGAUUGGUCACUUCAGUUUGGGCGCUUUGAAUGAUUUCAAGUUACUCGGGACUUAUUUCAAAAGAAAUGAUUCGUGCUCAUUUAUGUCUACUUUUUUCUACAAAAGGAAACAAAAAUAAUGGCUACCUACCUGUUUUGGAUUUUGGAUUGUUCUAGGAUGCUGGCAGGUGAGAGAGGUGAUUUAUUCACAAAUUAACUACAGCAGUAAAAAUUCUUUUUUACAUAAUUGGUAGGAGCAGUAAGCCUUAUGUUAGACUGAUAGCGACUGGCAUCUGUUUCCGCGCACUUGAGAAGGGAUGGGCGUCAUGAGCAAGAAUCUUUCUAAAGCAGCUAACCAUCAUCCUCUCUCAGCUUCACCUAGUUUUGGCUAUAUAUGAUCCCAUUUGAAGUCGUUUCACUUACUUGGAAUAGAAUGGAAUCACACCCUUCGCCAAAAAUGCUGUGCUGUUUGCAGACUUAAAUGGAGAACAACGUUGAGAAAAAUAACAUGUUGAAAGAGUUCUAUAUCCCAACUUAUAUUUUCAUACCGGAGUCGCCGGUGGAGCAUGCAUCUCAGAUACCUACUUGUCCAGUGGUUGUUUUUAUCAACACCAAAAGUGGAGGUCAACUGGGACGUGAGUUAAUUGUCACAUACCGGAAGCUUCUCAACCAUGCCCAGGUAUUUGAUCUGCUUGAUGAAGCUCCUGACAAGGUCUUGCACAGACUAUACAGCAACCUGGAAAGGCUCAAGCAUGGUGGUGACACUCUUGCUUCUGAAGUCUAUAGGAGACUAAGGCUAAUAGUUGCUGGAGGUGACGGAACGGCAGGUUGGUUGCUUGGAGUUGUAUCUGAUCUUAAGUUAGUACGUCCACCGCCUGUUGCUACAGUUCCGCUGGGAACUGGAAAUAACUUGCCAUAUUCUUUUGGAUGGGGAAAGAAAAAUCCUGGAACAGAUCAUGAUUCGGUCAUAUCAUUUCUUCAAUCAGUAAGGGAAUCAAGAGAGAUGAACAUUGACAGCUGGCACAUUGUCAUGAGAAUGGAGGGCCCAAAAGAUUCUCCUUGUGAUCCAAUCGCACCUCCUGACUUGCCUCAUUCUUUGCAUGCAUUUCGCCGUGUGCCCAAGACAGAUCCACAAGAUAUGGAGUAUUCUUACACAUUUCGUGGGGGAUUUUGGAAUUACUUCAGUAUGGGAAUGGAUGCCCAAGUGUCUUAUGCGUUUCAUUCUGAGAGGAAACUGCAUCCAGAGAAGUUCAAGAAUCAGUUGUCCAAUCAGAAAACAUAUUUGAAGCUGGCAUGCACACAAGGAUGGUUUUGUACCUCUCUGUUUCAUCCAAUGUCACGGAACAUUGCUUGCCUUGCGAAAGUGAAGAUAAUGAAGAAAUCUGGAAAAUGGGAAACCAUGGAAAUUCCACAAAGUAUUCGGUCCAUUGUUUGUCUCAAUUUGCCUAGCUUCUCUGGUGGACUAAACCCUUGGGGAACACCAAGUAAGAGGAAGCAAAGAAAAAGAGACUUGGUAAUGCCUCCACUUGUGGAUGAUGGUCUUCUGGAGAUUGUGGGUUUCAAAGAUGCUUGGCAUGGCCUUGUCUUGCUAUCUCCAAAAGGCCAUGGAACUCGCCUUGCUCAGGCUCACCGUGUUCGAUUUGAGUUCCUCAGAGGCACAACUGAUCAUGCUUACAUGAGAAUGGAUGGGGAGCCCUGGAAGCAGCCUCUUCCCACGGAUGACGGCAAAGUCGUGGUAGAGAUCUCCCAUGCUGGGCAGGUGAAGAUGCUCGCCACUAAAGACUGCAUAGCCAAAGGCAUCCAUGAAUCGUGCCCAGCUAUUUCAACGGUUCAUCCAGAGUCCAGCUCCAGCGACGACAUGAACGAUGACUUUGAGGAGGAGCGGAGGAACUUUGGUGCUGCCUUGUCUUUUAGAUACUUGGGUGACGUGAACAAAGAAUAAGGUCUCUUGUUUUUUAUUGAACCUUGUACAUUUUGCUUUCAUAGGGCGUAGCGAAGUAGUUUGAGGCACUAACUUUUGUAAGGUUGUAACUUGCCGAUGUAAGAUAAACUUUUGCUGACAAUACAACGGAUUCUGGGGUGACUGUUUGUACCAUCAGUAUUUUUCAAUACACUUUUUCUUCAGCAA